AUGGAGGGGAAUGCAGUGUCAGGAGCCCGGAGCCGGCUGUGCUGCUGCCUACACGAUCCCAGUGCUCAGCAGCCAGGAGGGCUGAGUGCCGGCAGUGUUUGGAGACCAUGGUUAGUCACACCCAAAGAUAUUGCAAGGGAACAACAAAAACAGAUGAUAACGUGUAAAGAAUCUGGUAUUUAUUCCAGCCCCAAAAUUCUCACCUUUCUGUCGCAGCUGAAUGUCUCCGAGAGCGAGCGAACUCAGCGUACACUCAGCGGAGAUAAAGUCCCAGCAUUCCGACAUCCUGUCAAACUCCUGUGGCCAAAAUCUAAACAGUUUGAUUAUUUAUACGAAGAUGCAGCUCAUCUCUUGGCGAAUUUCCCGGUGCAGGCAACAAUCUCAUUUUACCAGGAGAGUGAUAGCGAAUCAGAGAAUGAAGAUGACAGUUAA